GCUUGAGGGUGCACAAGCGACGAUACUGUGUGUGUGAGGGGGUUAUUGACAAGAGAAUUCUGCGGCUCCCCACGAUGAGUGAAAUGAAAGCAGCAGAUGACAUUAAGACUCAUUUACAGUGUGUUUUCGGUUGGCUGGGGCCCCUGUUGAACUGUUUUGCGGAAGGAAGCAAAAGGGGCUCAAUGCCCGUCUCGGCACUGUUAUUUCAUUUGCUAAACACAACAGGAAGUAAACUUUGCAGGCUGCUAGGGGAAGUAUAAACGUCGACAGUCCCGAAAUCUCGGUUUGCAUUGCUCAUGAUUCGGUCACAGGUAGAGUUUUCAACGCGGAACAAUUAACAACAUACAGACGUCUCCCACUGGAAGCAUGUCCUCCUGGAAUAAGCCUUGACUUGUUCCUCUGCAGCCUACGCACGCUGACGCCGCUCCCGACUUGAAAUAAUUGACUCGGCUGGGGAUGGUUCGGCACAAAAGGGCUUCUCCCAACGCGUUCUUCCUUUCCACCAGUCAGCCUCUGGCGCAUCCUCCCCCGCAGAAAGAGAGGCUCUGCUCCAGGCUCCUCGGCAGAUGAGAGAGAGCCCCCCGCGGCGUCACGCUCGUCCUCCUCCUCCUUGGCUUCCCCGUCCUCCUCCUGGUCUCCGAUGCCGGACCUGCGGAGCAGCGCCCGGUGGAGCCGGGAUUACGACGUGUGCGUGUGCCACAGCGAGGCCGACAUCUCCGAAGCCCAGCUCCUGGUCUCCCACCUCGAGGCUCGGCAGCCCCCGCUGCGCUGCUUCCUGCACUGGCGCGAUUCGGCCCCGGGGGGCGCCGUCCCCACCGAGCUCUUCCGGGCGGUGAGCAGCAGUCACUGCUGGGCCGUGCUCAUCACCCGCAGCUUCCUCGGGGACCCCUGGUGCAGGUACCAGGUGCACCAGGCCCUGGCCGAGGCGCCCAUGGCCGACGGGAGGCUCAUUCCCAUCAUGCUCCAGCUGCCGCGCGCCGAGUACCCCGACGAGCUGCGGUUCUACUACUACAUUGACGUCACCCUGGACCGCGAGAGGGGCUACGGCCUGGUGUACAAGAGUGUGCUGAGCUACCUGCUGAAGGUGUGUAAAACCGACGGCAACAGUCAGAGCUCCGGCCGGCACAGCUGCCCAGACUCCCAGCGCUCCCUAGCGGUCGACGGGCUGUCCGACCUCGCCCCUCGCAGGGUGCAGCCCUGCUCCGGAACAGCGACGCCUUCCCCCUCGGAGCCGGAGCUCCUACACAACCCUGGGUCCCCCCAGCCGGGCGGAGAUGCGGCAGGAGCCGGGGACUCGCAGGCAAACGCCUCUAAACGAGAAAGUCCGAGACCGCCGAUCUGCCCGACCCUGCUGGCGAGAGACGCCGUCGGGUGAUGGAAGUUACCUCCUGGGGAGACGGGAGAAGGGUAUCGCAUGAGAGAGCGUGGCUUCUGUGGGAUACAGACAUAUGUAAGGGGGAUACGAUUGUGGGGCAGAUAACACGGCUGAGAUUACCUUUUCUGCCUACCGAUAAAAUAUUGCAGGCAAAGAAAAAAAAAACGGAACGAACUGUCUUUUCAUAUUUAUUUCGGUUCCUCGCCAGGAGUUAGUUUGUGUAAUGCACAUGAAGACAAAAUUCAUAGGAAGACGCAAUUGCUGAUUAACACCUCAUUUCUCGCAAUUGUAUUACUUAAGUAAACCUGACAUUCAGAAUUGCGCGUCUACUACGCACAAACAGUGCUUGUGCGAGUCUUGUUGUUGUUCUGGACAUGCAAAUAUAAUACUUAAACCUGACAUUUGAGAAUUGCGCGUUUCCUACAGGCAAUACGACAUGCGCACUUUGAAAGGGGAUACAGAUUUCCACGGUAUACUGAAUUCGACACGACACGGCUGAACUUGUACACAGCCGGAGAAAUAAGCUGAGCAAGUAAAGGUUAAGUUCGGCUAUUUCCUGUCGUUUUAAAUAUGGGCAUUGACAUAUCCGUGUCGAGUGAAUGUACGUUACAGAAACUGCCUUUGCUUAAAGGCAUCACUGGUGACAUUGUUUACAGAAAUAAACAUUGAAGUUUAUUGAG